GUCGCCGCGCCAACUCCAUCCACACCAGUCGAGCCGCGCAAUCCGUCGCGAACGUUGCUGCCACAGGUCGGACGACGUCGCGAGACGCGAGUGCACCACGUAGACGCGCGUCAGGCGCCCGCUUUUUUGCACGCACCCCCAGGUGUUGGAGAUUCGAACGGGACGCGACCGACUUAGAUUAAUACCGCCAGAUUAAUUGUUGUUGUUGUUAUGAUCACGUCGAGCCACCAUGGACCUUACAGUACCGUUGGCCUGCUGAUGUGACGAACUGUUAUGUUGGUUUCCAGUGAUUGUCGUGCGAAUUAUUCGGUUAAUAACGAUAAAAUGCAGACGAAUUGGUACCCGGUCGCGCGCAACGCCAACAACAACUUCGUCGUGGAUCCUAGGUAAGCCAUAAACAACAACACCAACCAUGCAUUUGUUAGAUUUGUUGAGCUGCAACAACCGCCACCAACGGAACCUGGCGGAGAAGCAGAGAAGGGAUAAGUUAAAUGCCUUCAUCAAUGAGUUGUCCACGCUGGUACCGAUGAUAGCUAAGAGUCCGAAAAGGAUGGACAAGACUAGUAUACUUAGACUGACAGCCGUUUUUUUAAGAAUUUACCAAACUCUACUAAAUGGAAAAUUGGAACCACACAUGGAGUUACCCAAACAUGUGGACCAGUGCUUAUUGGAGCAGUUGGUCUGCGACGAACUAGGAGGCUUCCUGAUUAUACUGACGUCAUCAGGAAAGAUAAUCUUCGUAUCACAGACUGUAGAAAAUCUUCUUGCUCACAGCCAGACUGACCUGAUGGGCCAAUCGUUGUUUAAUAUUUGCGCACCGGACGAUCACGACCGUCUGCGCACCUAUUUGAAGUGCUCGGGGGCGGUGGAGGCCGACUGGCGCAAGUACUUCACGGUGAGACUGAAGCGGGCCGGACCGCGGGCCGAGACGCCCGUGUAUGAGGCGGUCAAGAUGAUCGGCAUGCACCGCACCUUGGACACGUUCUGCAUGAACAGUCCCAGCUCCAGUCGAGAACUCCUGUCGCCGACUUCGUCUACAUCCUCGGCCAGUGAUACCGAUAUCUUGGUUUUCUUCGCAAAAGUUUGCCGUCCGGAGCGGAUAGAUGACUUGCUGCUAGAGGCGGCCAAGGACGAAUAUGUGACUCGUCACCUGUUGGAUGGCAGGAUAAUUAGUUGCGACCAGAGAAUAUCUCUGGUGGCCGGUUAUAUGACUGACGAGGUUUCAGGCAUGUCCGCCUUUCGUUACAUGCAUCGGGAUGACGUUCGUUGGGUCAUGAUUGCCUUAAGGCAAAUGUACGACAAAGGAGAGAGUAGAGGCACAUCCUGCUAUAGACUAGUAAGCCGAAACGGUCAGUUUAUUUAUCUGCGAACGUUCGGUUUCUUGGAGAUCGAUGACCAAGGCACUGUCGAGAGUUUCGUCUGCGUGAACGUGCUGGUCAGCGAAAGCGUGGGAAUGCAGCUUAUCAACGAUAUGAAAAAGAAGUUCUCGGCCAUUAUUGCUCAUACAUCGAUCGACUCAAACAUGUUGGAAGCAGAUACUGAGGUGGUGGACCAAGUGGAGGACCCCGCGAAAUUGGACAACGUGGUAGCCCAUUUGGUGAGCAAUUUACCGUCCCCGGGUUCCGACAGUCGAUCGACGCCGAGCCCUCGAAUCCAGUACCCCCCACAGUCGUUCGCCCCGCCUCCACACCUGGCCCAUCAAAAUCCAACGGGGGGUCGUAUGCCAUACACCGCCGCCACCUCCACCACAGUAACACAACAGCAAAUCCCCGUGCCGGAGAGGAGCAACGGUAGGUGCAGGAACAAUGCAACGGGUGCGGGCAGUAGUUCGAUGCCGCCCAACCACCAGCCAUACAGGAGUGGUUCGAAGAGGCGGGUGACGAUCGAAGAUUUGGACGAUAACUUGAACAACAAACGACUGAAACCACCCGCUUCUCCUAGUCGCUGCGUCUCCCCGUACAGUCAGGGGCUCACCAUCUCUGAGCUACCGAGCACGGAGACGAUUUAAUCCCUGGGAAGUUCUGAACAACGCGGGAUACGUAUUAGGACCCAGUGAAUUUUUUUGCUAAAUAGUGUAAUAUUUGAGAGACUGACUGAUAUAGGCCAUACUUAAAUGAGAGGAAUUGCCAUUCUUCAAGCAUCUCUUUCACCAUGUAUAACACACCUGGUGCUUGACGAAGUCCAAUUCCGCACUACCUGAUUAUUUUUAAGAAAGAAUUGUUUUAUUUUAAGAUAUUAUAAGAUGUAUAUAGAUUUUUAUUAUUAUUAAUAUAUAGUGACUGUGAUGUAUGUGUAUGUUUUAUAAUAUAAGUACAAAUACGGAUCAUUCAUGUUAGUUGUUAUUCUGCAAAUGCAAUAUCUAAGCCCAUAUUUUAUUAUUUCGUGAAAAUAUUAACAAUUAGACUAGUACGAGAAUAUCAGUCUGAAAUUGUAAAAUGCGGUAAACGAAAUUUGUUUGCAGUUAUAUAAAAACGGCCAAUAUGUAUAUAUUUUAUAUGUUAAUUGUAACGAUAACCGAAAAUAUUCGACUAAAUUUAGACUAAAUUUACAACUAUAUCAAAAAAUUUUGUUUGUAAGUAGUGUAACUAUUCGUGUUUAUUUGGUAUAUUAAUUAAAUUUAUUAAAUAUUUAUGUUUUAUAAUUUGUAUAUUGUAUGGAAAUUUAUAUGAAUAAGACUGCAUGUUGUUUUUUGGAACACUUUCUUAUUGCAUUUGCUUUAAAACAAUUUCAUCGCAUCCUCCAUAAAUUUUUUUUUUUGUUUUCUUUUUUUUGUAUGUUGAGAUUCGAAGCAUAAAUACGUGGAAAAAUCCCUGUUGUUUAUCACGAUUGUUGCCCACGUGUAUUUUCUUCGCUAUAAGCUCAAAAACUAUAUAUUUACGGAUUUUCUGGACGUCUGUUGUCGAUUACGAAACUUCGAAAUAGUAUAUUAUGUCUUAUACAAACAUUUCGUUAAUCGUUCUUGAGAACACGACUUGGUUUGUUAUCAUGAAAGUCCUUCACUAUACAUAUGUAUGUAUAUAAUUGAUAAACAACAGUGUUUUAUAUUUACAUUAUAAUUAUUUAAUUUGAAAUAAAAAAUAUUAGGAACUGAA